GGACCGGAGGAUGAGGGAUGGAGGUCGCGGAGCUCUGAUCCGGUCGUGAUGAACCCGUUUGACGGCUCCGGUUCUCCCCGACAUGAGGAGGCAGCGGACCGCGGGGGCAGCCGGUGUCCGUGGGCCCGGUUCUCCUCCUGGCUGGAGUGUGUGUGCGUCGUUACCUUCGACCUGGAGCUCGGACAAGCUAUAGAGCUGGUGUAUCCUCAGGAUGUGAAACUCACUGAGAAGGAGAAAACCAGCAUCUGCUACCUGUCCUUCCCUGACUCAUACUCAGGAUGCCUUGGGGACACUCAGUUCAGCUUCAGGUUGCGUCAGUCGGUCGGCCGACGAGCUUCGAGGUUCAGAGAGGACGUUUACAACCGAGACGCCCCCGUCACCCUGCAGACUGAAGUGUCCCAUUUCUUUGGUUACGUCUAUUUCAGACAAGUGAAGGACGUUUCUGUGAAGAGGGGGUACUUCCAGAAGGUCAGAGGCACACCUGAACACACCUGUUUACACACCUGUACACACCUGCCUAACGUGGUUCUGGGCGUCACCAACCCGUUCUUCAUCAAGACUUUUCAGAACUGGCCUCAUGUGGUUCGACUGGGAGAAAUCAAGAUGGCGGGUGAUUUACCCAAACAGGUGAAGGUGAAGAAACUGUCCAAACUGAAAACUCUGGACACUAAACCAGGGAUCUACACGGCGUACAAGACGUUUCUGCACAAAGACAAGAUUCUGAUUAAAAGACUGCUGAAGGGUAUUCAAAGGAAGAGACCUUCAGAGGUUCAGAGCGCCAUCUUGAGGAGACACCUGUUAGAGCUCACUCAGAGCUUCAUCAUCCCGCUGGAGCGGUACAUGGCGAGCCUGAUGCCUCUGCAGAGGUCGGUGACGCCGUGGAAGACUCCUCCGCAGAUCCGACCCUUCAGUCAGGACGAGUUCAUGUCCACUCUGGAUCACACCGGGCCCCAGCUCACCUCGGUGCUCAAAGGGGACUGGAUGGGACUGUACAGGAAGUUCUUCAGGUCUCCGAACUUUGACGGAUGGUAUCGACAGCGACACAAAGAGAUGACUCAGAAACUGGAGAGUCUUCACCUGGAGGUCAUCUGUGACGCCGUGACGUUCUGAUCGGUUUGGACCAAAGACAAGUCUGAGGUGGAAAUCGUCGACUUGAUUCUGAAGCUCAGAGAGAAACUGAUUAAAGCUCGACGGCAGCAGCUGCAGGUGAAGGACGGCGUUAUGGACAAACUGGACGCUUUUAUAAACUCCAUCAUCAGCUCGGUGCCGGAAGACCUGCAGACUGUACUGAACACACACUGAACACACACACUGAACACACACACUGAACACACACACUGAACACACACACUGAACACACACAUUGAACACACACACUGAACACACACUGACAGCUUUUGUUAUCAGAAAAUCAACAGCAACAGAGAACAACAUCAGUAAAAUAAGUUUAGUCAGAGUUUAACUGAACAUCUUGAUGCCUUUAUUAAGUUAAGAUUCAUUAAGUUAAGUUGUGAUUAAAUGUGAGGACAGUGAACUUACAGUUUGUUGGAUGUUUGUUGGUUUCUGGAUGUUAAUUUACACUUUCAGCUCGUGCAAUAUUUGGGAAGAUUUAAAUAACCUGUUUUAAUAAAAGUCCAACAAACUCAAACAGUUAAUGAAUGAAUGAAUGAAUGUCUGUGAUGUGUUUUAUCUGACAUCAUAAUGAAAAUAAAAACUAUUUAAUUGUUUCACAUUAUUUCAGUUGGAUUUUUAUUGAAACUAUAAAUCUUCAUAACAUUUAAACACUGAUGGUAUUUUUCUACCACAGCUGAACUCAGUGAAUGUAACACACACUAAUAAUAAUAAUAAUAUUAAU